AUGGACGAUCUUGAAAUGAAAAACAAAUUUAACAACAUUAUUUCUGAUUUAGUUAAAAAAAAACGUAGUGAUAAUAACUCCUUUCUAACUGUUGAUGAGUACAAUAUUCGUAUUGAACAAUUAAAGCAUUCAAAAUUUGUGUUGAUAACACCAGGAGAAAAAAAGUCUAUGAAAGAUUAUCGAAUGGUACGUAAAUAUGAUAUUUUAACAAUAAAUAAUAAAGAGCGUCUUAUUAAACCUGUACACGAUGAUACUAUACUAUAUUACGUUACAAUUGACGAGUUGUUCAAUAUUUUGCAUUCGACUCAUUCUACUAUUGGCCAUGGCGGAAGAUGUAGAAUGGAUUCUGAAUUAAAAUCAAAAUAUUGCAAUAUCACGAACGAAACUAUUAUGGCAUAUUUAAAUCUAUGCACACAUUGCCAAAAAAAGUCCUCAAAUCCUAAAAGAGGCUUAGUUUCAAAACCUAUUUUACAUUCCUCUUUCAAUUCAAGAGCUCAAAUUGAUUUAAUUGAUAUGCAAUCACAACAUAUUAAUGGAUUCCGCUUCAUUUUAAAUUAUCAAGACCAUCUUACGAAAUUCGUAUUACUUAGAGCAUUAUCGAGUAAACGUGCGGAAGAGAUCGCGCACAAUUUGUUGGAUAUUUAUACAACUUUCGGGGCACCGGCCAUUUUACAUUCAGACAAUGGCCGAGAAUUUGUUAAUUCAAUAAUUAUUGAGCUUCAUUCCAUGUGGCCAGAUGUAAAAAUAGUGCAUGGCAAACCUAGACACAGCCAGAGCCAAGGGUCUGUGGAAAGAGCUAACCGCGACGUCGAAGACAUGCUAGCAACAUGGAUGGCACAAAAUAAAAGCAAAGAUUGGCCUUCGGGUUUAAAGUUUAUACAAUUUCAAAAAAACCGUGCAUUACAUUCAGGCAUUGGAAGGUCUCCUUACGAAGCAAUGUUUGGGUGCAAAGCAAGAGUUGGAUUAGCAUCAGUAGGCAUUCCAGUAAACGAACUUUGUAAUUUAAGUAUGGAAGAAGAUAUUGAAAAAAUAAUGCUACAGCCCGAAAACAAUGAGGAUAAUGAGAUCAUUGACGAGAACAGUGAAAAUAAUGAAAUCGGAGACGAGAAAUGUCUUGUCAACAAACGUCAAGAAAAUAUUACAAAUGAAAGAAAUAAUUCAAUUCAAUGUUUAAAAAAGCAAGCAGAAAGGAUGACGACACAAUCAAAUAAAAAAUAUCAAGAGUUGGAAGUCGGAACAACUGUUCGUAUUUCCAUUCCUGACGUUGAUAGAGCCCGUGGAUCCCCACGCAAUUUAUUAGCAGUUAUUGCUAAUGUUGACAACGGCUUUUAUAAAUUAUGUACCGAAAAUGGUUUUCUUAAACACAAGUAUACGAGAUCUCAACUUGUGCCAUGCAAAGAAAUGUUGCUUGAUCUCAAAACUCUGGUUGAAUCAUCUAAAGAAAAAGAGAUAACACUUCGAGAAGCAGCAGGAUGUAGUAGUCUUAUGGGCACACAAGGCUAUCAAAGAUGUCACUGUAAAAUGAAGUGUAAAACAAAUAAAUGCACCUGUCGAUUAGUAGGAAAAUUAUGCAAUUCAAAAUGUCACAGUUCAUUGUCAUGUGAAAAUAAAUAA